AUGUCGACGAGCUCUCGCUAUAACCCAGCCAAAAAGAGGCAAGGCAGGCUAACUCUAAGAGGUCCAAAACGAGCAAGAACAGAGGCAGAUGAAUCAGAUGGAGCCUCGAGGAGAAAUCGACAUCGUAUUACCCGAGCCUGCAAUGAGUGUCGGAGGCGAAAAGACCGCUGUGGUGGCCAACGUCCAUCAUGCAAGUCUUGUAUCGAGAACAGUCGGGUUUGUAGCUAUGGGCCGUCUAAGAAACGCGGACUACGUCCUGGCUACGUGAGAGCCAUUGAAGUUCUGCUGGGGCUUGUGUUUACCACGGUAGAGGGCAGUGAGUCUUAUGUGUACGGCCUCCUCCAAGGGCAGAUUCAACAGACACCUGUGCAACCUCAAGGGUCUGGGGUAAAGGAGUCUGAUAUCUCUGCCGAAUUCUUACUGGAGGCUUGGCGAAAAGGAUCUGUGGCUAAGGAGGUUGGCAAGCUUCUGUCCCCAGAAGGAGUUGAAGAUGAGGACGAUGGAACUGAUUCAACACAACACUUUGAUACAAAGGUCUCUGAGGCUCUUGCACUGUUUCUCAGUACAAGAGGUGGUGAGGCAGGAGCACCACUUACACCGAUGAACACCGAUACACCACAGGAUGUCAUGGCUUUUGAUACACUCAACUCGCCUGUCACUGCCCCUCCGACCUCUAGCUUUACCGAAGCCUUACCUGAAAUCUCCAUCAGCCACCCACCAGAACCAACCACGUCACACAGUAUCUCCGAACUGCCUAAGAAUUGGCCAUUCCUCCUGGAAGUCUACUUUGAAACCACACAUAGUUGGUUCCCCAUAUCACAGAAGCACGAGCUUCUACGUACAGCCUACAAACUGGCCAAUAGUACGUCGAUAACUUCUGUCGAUCUACCCUCUACGGACGACAUAGCCUUCCUUCAAGCUGUUCUAUUAUUUGCUUCACACCAAUCGGCCUUCAUAUCAGACUCGUUCAAGUCUGCUCAUAACGGGACCCACGACGGAACUUUUAACAUCAGAUCAUCACAAGAUUUGGGUCAAACGUCUUUAUUUGCCGACCCAUCUAUGUAUGAGCUGGGCCACGUUCGGGCUUUUCUUGUGCUAGCGUUAUUUAACAUGGACCAAAAGCUCUGGUCUGCAGCCUGGGUUAAUAUCGGCCGUGCUAUCUAUACAGCAACAUCCAUUGGCCUUGUUGAUAAGAAUUCAAUAGCAGCAAGCUCAAAUUACGAAGACAAUGUCAAGCGGACACUCUUAGGCUGUAUGGUUCUGGAGACUAUUAUCUCGGCACAUGUCAACACUCUUCCCUUUUUCCAAUCGUCAGACAUACUGUCCGCAGGUCUUCUAACAAUAGAUGGAAUGGAAGAGUGGGAACCUUGGCAGCCCAAGAUUGUUAUCUCGACAGGAACCGCACAGGUUCUAGGCCUCAACUCACAUAUGCCUGGACAUGUCAUAAGCACUUUCAACAGACUACUCCUGGUUAUAGCGUCACUGAAUGAGUUGAUCUGCCAAAUGCGCAAUCCUCCCCCUGAAGAAGCGUUGCUGGAAAUUAUACAAGGAUGUGAACAAAACCUCGAGGGCCUGAGCGACACAACUACUGCGGACCCUUCCCCUCAAACCCUUUCUCUUUGGAUGGCUUCCAUUGCCACACUCGAAACUGCAGCGGCUGCACUUUUGGUGUCAAAUGGCACAAGUCGUGAGCGUCCAGGGAGUUACUUGGUUGGCCUUACAAUGUUGGUCGGUCUUGUUGAAAAAAGAGUCCAGUCGAUAGGCCGUCAUUCCAUUCCACCAGUAGCCGAGGCUUGUUUGAUGCUAUUGCGGCAGACUUUGGACCACCAACCGCUACUUUAUGUCGGAAACGAUGUCGAACCUGACUUCAACCUUCUCAAGAAAGCAAUUGCCAGAUAUUUCGCCUUUCUCCAUGAACCAUUAAACGGAGAAAUGCAACUGGAUGCCACAUACAAUCCCCAACCAAACCUAGUUAAUACGGGACGCAAUUCGCUACGAUCAUCACAGCCUAUAGCAGCCGAUACACUCAUACCGCCAAUAAUAAGUAUACCAUCUGAUACAUCAUCGGCAAACCUCAACCUAGAUACACUGUUGGGGGCGAUGGACUCGACAAUGUCUCCGAACCAUCCAAGUCAAACCUCACAGUCUCCCGGAUCAACAAAAGGUGUGGCUUCUGAAACACUGGGCGCAUCUUUGGGAGACGACAUGGGAGACGAUGGGCUUUUUGAUAGCCUCGCUUCGCUUGACUCCACGGAGUGGUUGGCAAAUCCGCCAGAAUUUAUGCAACACCUUGGAUUUCUCGAGAAGCCACCAGAUGACUUUGAAAGCAUCUUCGAAAUUGGGUUCUAA